AUGCAAACCACAGGGCCUAGCUCAACGACGAACCCAUUUGCAAGCAUCCUAGCCGCGGCUCAGCAAAACGGGGUUACGCUUCCUCGAGUGGCACCAACCCUACCAUCUCUGUUGAACUCCGCAACCGGUCUAGUCGACGUCGGCAACACACACCAUAGCGCGCUUUGCAAAGUUCAAAGCCUGAGAGCCCAUAAGGACGCCCCUUCAGCAGCAGACGUGUUGACGCAAGAAACUCUAUGCAAACUGCUGCAUACUGCUAACAGCAACAACCGCCUUAUUGUCAAGGGCCAGCAGGAGAUUGCCGCCAGGGUGCGAGCCUUGAAGUCAAAGGAGUGCAUUCCAGUCGAGCGGCAGCAUCAACCGGACUACCUUGCCUUGCUGCGUGCCAUCUUCGAUAGCGGCUCAACCCUACAGCAGCUUUAUGAGGACAUUGCCUGGGGCCUUAACACACUGGAACCAGCCGCAUCGUGGGAGGACCGUUUACAACCCAUCCUCGCCGUCCUCGCCAGCUGCCAGGCGUACGAGUCCUGCCUCAACCAGCAAGACCAGCUCUUGGCACGGACACGCGGCACCAUGGUGCCGGCCAACACAGCCACGCAAUAA